AUGACGAACAUCACAGCUUUCAGUGGUGAGCUUGUAUAUCCUGAGUCAGGUACUUAUGGUAAGAAUGAGACUAAAUGUUGGAGCAUUACGGUUCCUGACACUUAUUACGGCAUUCGAUAUCGUUUUUCCAGGUAAGUUUUCCAUGUAUAACACUCGUCAGUAACAUGAAAACUUCGAGGCUCACAUUUCAUUUCCAUUUCAUUUGAUGCUGCCGUCAAUCAUCAUGUUAAUGGACAUCUAAAAGCAGAGACAAGCAAAAUCACAAAGUCAUUUCAUAACAACUCAGAAAAUAACCUUUAAACUCUCUUAAAUAUGGUACUAGUUCCUGAGAAGAUUUAAACACGAUUGCCGGCGGGAUUAAGGGAAUUUUUUAGAUGGUGUAUCUCCAACCUCGUAGCUGGCAUCCUUUUAAAAGAGCGAAAGCAGUGUCAACCAUCUUGACGAAAGAAUAUUUGAAAAAUACAGGAGCCACGCCCUUGUGCAUGGUCAGCGUGGGUUUUCUUUCCUUUCCGAUUACGAUACCAAAUCAGAAAAAGAGGACGAGAGUAAAAAAAUAUUUGGUGGAUAAAACUGCAAAUGAUUGAUGUGUAACGCUUCAAGUAAACGGCGCAAUUAACGGAUUGCCUUUCGUAUUUUAUUUUGAUGUUAUGAUAAUGACUGAUAAUUGUGUUGAUGAUCAUUAAAACAAUUGUCAAUCGUCAAAACAAUUGUAAUUAUCUUUAUUACACUCAUUUGGAAAUCAUUGGAGAUCCUUGCAAACUGCUUGCCUCUUAUUGAUGCGAUUAAAUCACGAAUUGCAUCCUUUUUGAACAAGUAAUCACAUGAUUUCGAGUGCAAUUUGGAAUAAAUAAGCACGAGUAAAUUUUUUCAAAGACUAAGAAAAUUGCACGAGCCCGUAGGGUGAGUGCAAUUUGUAGUCUUUUAAGAAAAUUACAAGUGCUUAUUUAUUCCAAAUUGCACGAGAAAAAUCAUGUGAUUACGUAACAUAAAAUACAUGAAAAAAUACGAGAUGGCUUAUCAUAAUUAUGCAGAAGCAAGGCGUGCGUAUCAAGUGCAAAAAUUAAUUUACUCAAACCCUGCAAGUGACAUUGUGUGUUUGGUCAAAAUAACCGCGCACGAUCAAAACAAUAAUAUACAAUGAUAAUUAACAUCUUUAAGGCGCAAAAAAAUUUAAAGUCCGGCCUAACAACUCUAGGAAUUGUUCAGUCUGGUUUGUUACUUCUUUGCACUGAAUUAACCCUCUUCUGCAUCGAAUUACUUGAAAACUGCAUUUAUCUUAACUAAUCAGAACAGAGUAAUUUUUUCAUGUAUCUUAUUAUGCUCUUAAUCACAUCCUUUUCUCAGUCAACGAGAAAGCUUUACUAAACCACAACAACCAAUAAGGUUUCAAUGCUUCUUUAAAGUAACCAAUCAAAUUUCAGGAAAAUGAAAGACAACUUUUGCAACUUUUCACAAACCAGCUCAGUUCUGGAUCAAUAAGAUAUUUGUGCAGAAUAACUGAAAAAUCCAGUAUUUGAGCGACUGAAUUUUGCGCUUUCACUGAAAAUGAAUGUAAUAAAGCGGUAAUUGAACUCUGUGUCGUACUAUUUUGGUCUGAAAUCAUCCUCGUGACUUCAAAUGAAACUCGCGCUGCGCACCCGUUCGAUGUUGAAAUCAUGCAUAUGAUUUCAGACCAAAUUGCACUUUAUUCACUUCAAUUAUAUUAGUAAUCAAUCAAUCCUGUAACGAGACUUUUAAGGCCCAACAUGGUUGGACAAAGAAUAAAAACAUUGUAAAUAUAUUCAAAGUAAUUUAUCUUCUCCAGUAGAUCAAUCUUAACUUUGCCCUUAAGGUUGGUAAAAAGUGGAAACAAGUUAUAUUGGUUUCUGAUAUUUUUCCCAGGAUUGACGUAGAAAUGUGCUCUGAUUGUAAGUGCGACUAUCUUCAAAGAGGAACUACCUACAGGCAUAUUCACUGGUAUUCUAAAUUAUGUGGACGAUAUAAUUACAACUAUUUACAGGGAUAUCUCUUCAACGUCGACUGGAGCACUGACUUUACCGGCUCUUUUAGAGAAUCGACGGCCUAUCUUCGCUUCGUGUCGGAUGAUACUGUACACUACACAGGAUUUAAGUUGACCUUCAUGGCCAUGUCCAGGACAGGUGGGUAAUAACUAUAUAAUAUAAAGAUGGUCUUAAUGGGGUAAUGGCUUUUAUGGCCAGCGGUUAAAAUUUUAACAGCCAUGGAGUCUUAGCCUAAUGGCUGAGGUGUAACAGGGCACAAGCCUGACUACCAAUCCUGCAAAAUAGAGUGCCAUAAAGAUGAGUAAGACAAGCCCUUUCCAGUCUCAGAGAAAACUCCAGUCACCCACUAGCUAGCUUAGCUAUGACAGGGUAUGAACCUGACGAUAAAUGUUGCUACACACCGGUAUUGUUUUUCAAAUCAAACCGGACAUAUUCUCUUGAUAACCUUUAUUGAGUUUUGGUUAUUUUUUCAUGUGGCAACAGACUACUUUCAUUUUUCAGAAGGUGACAUAUGCUCAAUCUUUAAUUCCUUCAGUCACAUCAAACCUUUCUUUGUUUACUCGCUGAGUUGAAGAACCCUAAAGCCGACCGCAAGUGGUCAUUUACCACUUUCGCACGACAUUUACGCCCUAAAUCUCCGCACGAUUCGCUCCUCUACCAUAUGCAUUGUAAUGGUACUAUUAAAUCUUCAUCCACUUUAUUACUAGCAAGUUUUGAUAGCUAACUUAGUCGGGCAAGUAAAUUAACAUGAAAUGGAGCGAGUCUUCAUUGCGAUCGAGGGCGUGUUAAAUGAGGUGAAUUUUCUUGAAAUUCCUAUCUAAGUAUAUUGCGGUAAAAUAAACUUACUAAUGUAGAGUUUUUUUCUGGUUUCUUUGUUUUAAUCAAAUAUGUAACCUUCAUUGAUUUCGUUUUAUUCUUUAUGUAGUAACAGACUUAUUUCAUUUUCCAGCGGGUGACAAAAACUAUCUGAAUGCUACCGAAGAUGAAACUAUUGAGUUUGGCACACCAAAGGUCGACGUUGAGAACUACCCCUCAGAUUACGCAGAACAGUGGUUUUUAAUCGUACCUGAGGGACGGAAGGUCCAGAUAGACUUCGAAAUAUUUGAACUGGAAGACAGCACGGAUUGCAAAAACGAUUAUGUUGAGUUUCGUGAAGCAUCCAUCAUGGCUGGUGAUCCUGAAAAAAUUUAUGGCUAUUUUGGUCCAAUCCUGACAGGACGCCUGUGUGGAAAUACAAAGCCGAACUCGAUACUGAGUCAGGGGAAUAUGGUUUGGGUUCAGUUCGUGAGUGACAGAAACUCUACCACAGUGUACAAGGGACUCAAAGCUUCUUUUAAAGCAGGUGUUUCAUAAAGAUGAGUUUUGUUAAGUUUGUUUAGUUAUGCGGCACGUAAGUUCUUUCACAUCUUUUCCUUUGGAAAGUAGAGCUCAUUCAACCCUUGGUAAAUAAUCCCAGUGUUUUAUGACUUGACAUGAUCGCCGCAGGACAAUGUUUGAAUUUUUUCUGUUUGUUUGUUUGUUUUGAAUUUUGUUUUUGUUUUGUUUUUUAGAGACAGCAAAUGUUUUCCCUCUAACUAGUCAACUAACCAUGAAAAUAAAUGAUUUGUAUGUUAUCCUUAAAUCUAUUCUCUAUCUUUCUCACUUUUCAGGACAGGGAAGAUUGGCUGUAAGCCGUCCAAUGAUGCUUCUUUUUCUCUCAGCUUUGAUAAUGUAUGUGUCAAAGAACAACCUGUUCUAGUCCUGUCAAGUGGGAAUCUUUCUUUUAGGUCAUUUUUAGCUCUUAGCGGAUCGAAUUUAUCUGUACGUUGUGGUUUCUUUUUUUCGUGUUAAAAAGUUUUUCAGAUCAGUUUUGGAGCUGAGUCGAUUUCAUUUGUAUGCAUAAUUUUUGUACAAGAUAAACGAAAUUUAAUUGGUAUGAAAGCUCUUAGACUUGAAAAGGCUUGAACAACAUUAUUUGAAUCUUUGAAGUAACUAAGUAUAUAUGCGUAAUUAGCUAAGAGUGAGGACAAGGUGGCAGGACAUUGUCACAGUUUUUUUUCUUUUUUUGCAUUUUUAUGACUGGGACGGAGUCAAGGUGCAUGAAAAGGCAAAAACGGGGCUAAAAAAAGCGACUAAACAAAACAAAACGGGCAUAACACCCAGCCAUCUUGACCCAACAAGCUUGGUAAAUCGAGGAUUUAUCAUAUAACAAACAUGUAUCGCUUUAAUAAGAAUCAAGAGUGACAUAUUGCUUUGUGUUCUAAUUUUGAUAUUUUCGGGUUUUAUAGCAC